AAUCGAUAGGCGCUAAAGCAUAUGACUCCAGACAAAAACUCCGAUUAUAUCAAUAUUUGGAAAUAGUUAUUUUGUUUACUGUUUGUGAAAGAAAAAUGGCUGUUCGUUCGAAAGAUUCCGUUCGUAUUGGAAGGCAGUAAGAAAAUAUUCGAAUGAAAGUACGGUUUGCAGCCGAGAGUGCUUUAGUCUAGCAGCAACCAACGGUGCGGAUAGAUCGUUGUGCGGGUCAUGACAAUAUACAAGACACACGGCAAAUAAAAGUCUACGGAAUAAUUAUCCAAUAUUGAAAUAAUCGUAUUUUUCAGUUUCUUUUCAUUGUAUAUACGACACCACGGUGUGUCGAUUCAGAAUUCCGAACAAUCGAAUGUUGAUCAAAUGGACAGGCUGGAUGUUUUGUUGCGCAUUUUGUAAUUAGCAUUUUAUUCAAUGAUUCGUUUCUUGAAAACGGUUGAAACAAAAAGGUGAAAUAUUGACAUAUGUUAAAAUCAAUGGCAUGAAACAAAAAAAUUGUGCAUUUUUGAGACAAAAAUUGUCAAUCGAUCAAUAAAAAUAAAUUAGCAAAUGAUAAUUUCAAUUUUCGGCCCAGUGUGCUCUAAAGCGUUCACCACACUUAAUGUUCGUCGCUCUCUCGGUGGUUUACGCAUGUGUGAUUUUAAAGACCGCGCGAUCUGACUCAAUAGAACAUUGCUACAUUUGCAUAAUUGUCAAGUUCAAUAAUUUUUUCAAGUGAACAAAUAGAGAAACUAAAUCUAGGUAGAAAAAAGCCUAAGUCAAAAUUAUUCACCAUUGUAUUUUAAGUUGAUGUGCACAUAUUUACCAAAGGUGGUGAUUCCUUCGUUGAAUUUGCCUACAUUUGAUUGAAAAAAUAAACAUUCGAAAAGUAUAACACCGCGGUCGAUGCGCAGUGUCUUCAGUUCGAUAUAAAUUCUGUGGCUUGACUGUGUGGUUCAAGUUGAACGUUUAGUUCGUUUUUAAUUUAGAGAGUGUUCUCUGUGUACUCGAUCUGAUCAAUUGAAUCGGUGCGAUUUAUUUGAAGCAAGUGUAAACCACUUAAUUCUUUUCCACAUGGCAACAGCUCCGUCCACAUUGCGCGUCGAUCCUAUCACAAAGGUUCUAGGCAAUUUUGGAAAAUGGCAACUCAGUGCAAUGCUCAUCAUUUUUCUGUGCAAAGUUCCAACCUCAUGGUUUAUGGCAAUUAUAUUGUUUACAGCACCCGCUCCAAAUCCCGGUGAUUUUUGGUGUACACCACCGCCAGAGCUGCCAACCGAAUUGGUAGCCGAUUGGAUCGCCAGAGCCCAUCCAAUAAAAGUGGAUCAUCAUAAUCGCUCAAAAAUGGACUAUUGCGAAGUAUUUACAGAGUUCUGGGAGAAUCCACUAAAAUACUUUGGACCAAAUCACACAACAAUUGUUACGAAAAAUUUAAGCACGAUAAAAUGUACAAACUACACAUUCAAUCCAGAUUAUCAUUCAUUGGUGGCCGAUUUCAAUCUCAUAUGUGGUCGCGAACUUCUGCUGCCAUUAAGUCAGUGUUUUCACAUAUUUGGUUUGCUUGUUGGUGGCAUUAUUGCCUAUUUUAUGCUGAAAUACAUAAGCCCGAGAAAUGUAAUGAUCAUGGGUGUUUCGGCGCAAAUAAUUUUCGGGAAUUUGGUUGGUGUUGUUAGGAUAUAUGAGUUUCAUGUACUUUUCCGUUGGCUCACCGCCGCUUCAUGUGCACUAAUGUACACAUCUGGAUCAAUGAUAUUUGUUGACAUCACAAGCGGGGCGGCAAAAACAAUUACAUCGCUAGUGUUCGAAUUCUUUUGGUCGAUUGGCCUAAUUCUACUACCUAUAUUUAGUGUGUUUAUUGAAGACUGGUGGAAUCUGUACAUUGCAAUAUCAAUGCCGACAAUUUGCUUGAUUUUUUUGAUCAAAUACCUUCCGGACAGCCCAAGAUGGUUGCUGCGCCACGGUCGAAUCGAAGAAACACGACAAAUCCUCAUCGAUGGUGGUAAUAAAAACAAACGUCGAGUGCCAAUCAAUUUAGAGGAGCUAUUGAAAUCGGAUUACAACACGGGAGCUGCGAAUCCACCUGAGGCAAGUUGGUGUUCGAUUUGGGACGGAAAACCAGCAAAAAUUUAUAUAUUGGCCAUUCAUUAUGCGUGGUCGGUGUAUGUGUUGAACUUCAACUGUGUCGUAUUAAAUAUUCGCGCUUAUGGCAGAGAUCACCUUAGUAUCAACACGGUUGCCAUUGGUUUUAGUGAAAUAUUGGGUGUUUUUGUUGGAAUAUAUUUUGUACUGUACACGUCACGAAGAUGGCUUUGGGCUGGUCUGUGUGGCAUUGGAUGCGGCAUACUUGCGUACUUUACAUGGCUUAUUCCCGAGACAUUGAAAGAGUCGCAUGUGGUUGCUUUGGAGAUGGCUCCAACGUUAGCAAUCAAGACGGCCACGUCGAUCGGUAUGUGCGUGUUAAUGGUGUGCACAGUUGAAUUAGUGUGUGCCGAACGGAAGAAGAUUCUAAUGUUCUCGUCAACUGUUUGGGCACGGGCAUGGUUUCUGUGGGCUCCCUUUAUAUUUGUACUCAAAACAUAUGACGUUGUCUUGCCGCUGACUAUUUUUGCAACAUUGAGUGUUGUCGGUGGCGUUUUGAUGGUGUUCAUUCAUCAAAAUCAAUACAAAGCCUAUUUGGAAGACUGUGAACAACGCAUUCAAGCGAUGAGAGCAGUGCGAACGAUAUCCAAUGCCGGAUUAGACUGGAUCAAAAGUGUUCGCAGAUCAAGUGUGUAUGACAUUGAAGAGGUUAGACGAAAGUCGGUGUAUGACGCUGAAGAAACUCGAAGAAAGUCGAUCGUCAAUGAUCAGGAACCCAACAGUCAGCGAAUGUGAUUUCUAUUGCACUGUAGAAAUUAAGAAUUAAGUUAAGCAGUUCUUUCAUAGUAUUUAUUUUUUAACAGCUGCCGGAAAGCUCAAAAUAUAUCACACCAUCAAUGAUUUCAUAAAAACAAA